GGAGGUGCGCGGCGCACACCACGGCCACCUCCUGCGCAUGCGCUGUCACCAGGUAUAUAAGUAUAGGUGGCCCUUGGUCCGAGACCUCAGGAGUGCACCAUGAUACGUCGAGUUACUACGCCCCUUCUCGCCCUCCUUCUGGCAGGAUGGGCGGCCGCGCAGAUCUCAGACAUGGACCCAGAACUGUACUGCAGUCGCCGGGAUGACGAAUAUUUCAGGAAAGAUUUUGGUGACCCAGUGGAAAACAACCUUAAGUACAGAUCCAAUUGCGGUGUGUACUAUCGCUGUGUGCCAGCCCCAGCCGGCAAGAGGUCCAUUAGUGCCUCUCAGUGCCAGAGUGAACUCUUCUUCGAUGUUCAGCAACAGAUCUGCGAGCGCAAGUCUAAGGUCCUGAACUGUGACCAAAUUGACAAGAGCCAUCCACCACAGCCCGUGUGGCCCCUAUCAGAGGGCGAGGAAUCCCAGUGUAAAGAAGACGAGAUCAUGUGUGGCUCUGGAGAGUGCCUCCCCCGGCACCGGUUCUGUGAUGACACCCCGGACUGUGCCGACGGCUCUGACGAGAAUAUCUGCGUUCCUGACACGGAUCCCAACCGGGCUGACGUGUGUGAUCCACGCACGUGUAUCUGGUCUUCUGGCUGCUUCUGCUCCGUCGACGGAACUCGCAUCCCCGGGGACCUGACCGUCGAACAGACGCCCCAGAUGAUCACCAUCACCUUCACAGGCGCCAUCAACGAACGUAACUUCCGCAUCUUCCAAGAUAUAUUCAAGGAUACCACCAAGCAGAAGGGCAACGACUGUACCCCCAAGGGCACCUUCUUCCUCUCCCAUGCCUUCACCAACUACUCCGCCGUGCAGGAGCUCCACCGUAUGGGCCACGAGAUCGGUGUCAGCUCCAUCACUAACAAUGACAACCCCGAUUACUGGAGCAAACUUUCCGCUCAAGAAUACGAGUCUGAAAUGGAUGGAGCUCGUCUCAUCAUUGAAAAAUUCGCUAAUAUUACAGCCAAUGAGGUUUUGGGCGUUCGUGUUCCCAAGCAGCGAGUUGGUGGAAACAAGCAGUUCCGCAUGAUGGUUGACUGGGGUUUCCUGUAUGAUUCGUCCAUUUCUGCCCCUAUGGGACGUCUGCCACUCUGGCCUUAUACCCUCAUGCACCGUAUGCCCCACAAGUGUUUGGGUAACGACCAGAAUUGCCCCUCCCAGAACUUCACCGUGUGGGAGAUGGUGGUGAAUGAGCUGGAUCGUCGUGACGACCCACAGUUCGACGAGAAACUGACUGGUUGCCACUUUGUGGACCAGUGUGCCAACCUUCAGUCCCCAGAACAGUUCCGCGCCUUCCUUGACAACAACCUCGCCCGUCACUAUAGGACCAACCGCGCGCCUCUUGGUCUCCACUUCACAUCCGGUUACUUCGAGACUCGUCGUGACUUCUUGAGAGAGUUUGUGAAGUGGGUGAGGGAUACCGCCCUGAGCGGAGACUAUUUCUUCGUCACAAUGCAGCAGGUCAUCAACUGGAUGGAAGCCCCAACUGAGCUGACAGCAAUAAACAACUUCCAGGAAUGGAAGGGAAAAUGCGAGGUGAAGGGACAGCCAUACUGCUCUUUGCCCAACCCUUGCGCUAGGAAGGUUCCACGCAUCUUCCCCAACGAAGAGGAAAUGUUCCUGUACACUUGCAUGGAGUGCCCUCCCACCUAUCCCUGGCUGGGAGAUCCCCACGGGAACGGUUUCCUCGAUAUCGGGGAUUUCUAAACUCUCCCACAUAUUGUUCCUAUAUUCUUAAGUCCUUACAAAUUAUUCACUCCCCAGUAAUGCCAAGAAUCCACUCAAAACACAUCAUAAUUAUCGUUCUGUCUUUGUUUCCAUGGCCUUUGUGCAAUCGCCAUAAUUAGCUGUUGGCGUUUGGAUAUAUAAGCCUACUAAAUCACUGUUAUAAGAGUCUCGCGGCUGUUCCUGAGACAUCUCGACGUAUCAAUCUUCCAGACUUCUCACCUACUCAGUAAACUUUCGGGGUGACGUAAUAUAGGCAAAGUGAACCGGUACAAGGGAGAUCCAAAUGCUCUAUUAUGAUUGGGUAUUUUGUUUACCCCCAGGCAUCACUUGUAGGUAUCAAUCCUGGCCACUUUUUCCCAAGUGCCGUGUCUAGACGCCGUGUUCCCAGUACCAAAGGUGCCGUGUCUAGACGCCGUGUUCCCAGUACCAGAGGUGCCGUGUUCAGGCGCCAUGUUCCCAGUACCAGAGGUGCCGCGUCUAGACGCCGUGUUCCCAGUACCAGAGGUGCCGUGUUCAGGCGCCAUGUUCCCAGUACCAGAGGUGCCGCGUCUAGACGCCGUGUUCCCAGUACCCAGGACGUUGUGUGUGUGUGUCUAUGUGUGUGUAGGCUAGGCCCCAGCGUUAGCCCCGGUGCUACGGGGGCUGUGUGCAAGGGAGCCCCCAACCUGCAUUACGCAGUAUAUGUGAUCUACUGCAGCUUGUUGUACACACGACUAUCGCUGUUGUAUUAUAGUGUACAGUUAUUUUUUGUUAUUCGUUUAAAGUAUUUCCAAUUAAAUAAACACAUAUGAA